UUAACCCGUGGGGACUCGACCUGCCUAGCCGGUCUUCUUUCUUUCUUUCUCUCUCUCUCUCUUUCCCUCUUUCUUUUCUUUGCACUUUUUCAUUUCGUUCUUUCUCUUUCUUUCUAUCUCUUUCUCUUUCACAUACACCAUAAACACAAAAACUCUAUUCGUAUUAUUUUAUUCUAUGUUCUGCCUGUGUUUGCCUAAUAAAUCCUAAUCAUCACCAAUUUGUCAUUUAACAAGUCUACGCGUUACUUUUUCUUCCUUCCACGACACUUUUUGGAUUCACCUUAGCGCCAACUUUUCGUGAGGAUAUCAGUGCUCGAAUGUCUAUUGGAAAGAAGAUUGAAAUCUUAACAGGGACUGUGUGACAGUGCUGAUAAGAAUUCUCUGCAAUGCAUCCAACUGAUAUGCUCUAAUUAAUUGUCCUGGAUUCCUUCAUAAUGAUUCCGCUAUAUUUUAUGAAAUAACUCUCACAAGGAUCGAUUACAUUAUAACGAUUAUUGUAUGAUAACUAGUCGCAAAAUCGGUUAAUGCAAUUAUCCGAAUUGAUAACAGUAAUGAUUUGCAUUGUGGUUUUUGAUAAGAGACACUGUGCGCCUAAGUUUCGGAUGUUGCUACGUUCUAACACGACGAAAUUGACAGAAACAAUUCAGUGAAUUGACUGACAGUUGACAAACUAUUCUGAAAGUAAUCGUGAAUAAGGAAAGAAUGAAAAUAUCAAAGUGUUAGGACUAUUUCAAAUUACAAAAGACCACUAAUCAAUUGGUGAGAUUCACGAGUAGAGGAAUCUGAACUGUCAAGAAAGAAAAACAACAAUGAAGAAACCAGAAUUAAUAUGUUACAAAUUGACAUGCAUCUUUCCUGGAUCGUAACGAGGAAUUUGAUUGAAUAUUCGCAAGAUAAGAAAGUAUAAAAGAUCGAUAAAAACAAAUAAAAGACCGUCGGCGAAGACGCCUCGGUUUAAAAACAAAAAUUGGGAAAAUCAAAAAGAUUUAUCAAAGAAAAGGGUUGAAAAAUAAUCGAGCUGGAGCGUAAUGAGCAACAGCGAGGGUGUGGUGGCUGGCCAGGGUGCCGGAAGCGAUCGUCUUUGCGAGGACGUCGACAUGGCAACCCCGACGUCGGCGUCGUCAAAUUUAAAACCAAGAAACGGUAAGAUCAGCUUUAGCGUGGACGCAUUGCUAAGCGGCACGAAGAAUGGUGGUAGAAAUUUUAAUAACAGCAGAAGAGACAACGAGGAAAGAAUGGACAUUGAAAAGAAUUUGGAGAUGGAGGCAAGAUACCGAGAGAUACUGUUGGAACAACAAAGAAUACAUAGCAGGGAACUGUUGGCAAGGUUAAGUCCACAUGGUUCAGUUUUAGCGGCUUUCAGUAAUCAUCAUCAUCAUCAUCAUCAUCACCAUCAUCAAAAUCGUAUACAGGAACAAGAACAUCAUCCGUCGGCAGGUAGACAAGAAAUUUUAACCGUGAAAGAUUUCUCCAGGUCUAGCAGUCACGACAAAUCAUCAUCUCCGAUCAGAAUAGACCAGGAAGUUCAAAGGGAUAGAGACGGAGAGGAUCGUCGAUUAACUACGGACUCGCCGAUCGGUAGAAUCACCGAAUUGGCAUUGCAAAGAGAACGCGAUAGGAUUCAAGAUGACGAGGAUUCGAGAAUCGAUAGAAUGACCAAUCCUCGUUCUGUAUCGCCAGUUAGUAGGCGAGAAAUGUUAGACGAUCGUAGCGAUUCCGAGGCGAAUCGUUCCCUAGAAGGUGACAGAACGACGGAUCAUCUUGAUCUCGAGGAUCAAGAGAUACGAAGCGUCGGACAGUCGGAAGAUCUCAACGUAAUGGACUCGGACUGUGAACUUGAGAGAGAUCUUGAAACCGGUCAAGAAAAAGAAGAGAAGUCGAGUCCUGUAGUGCCUCAGCCAAUACACCCUGGGGUCCAAAGGCCCUCACAGGGAGGGCCUUACCUUACCGGUGCACCCGGCGCUCCUGGAUGGAAUCCUGCAGGAUUUCCUCAUCUUGCUAGUUUUGCCUGGUUACCCCCACCCCCACAUCCCCAUAAUCCUCAUGGACAUCUGUAUACGCCUCAUGGAGGACCCACAAGUCCUAACGGUGAUUUAAGAUUACCAGGUCCAGGACCAGGUCCAGUACGUUGCACCCUACGGAAGCAUAAACCAAAUAGAAAACCAAGGACACCGUUCACGACGCAGCAGCUGUUGUCUUUGGAGAAAAAAUUUCGAGAGAAGCAAUACUUGACGAUAGCAGAACGCGCGGAAUUCUCUUCGUCCCUUCAUCUCACGGAAACGCAGGUGAAGAUCUGGUUUCAAAACAGACGAGCGAAAGCGAAGAGAUUGCAAGAGGCUGAAAUUGAGAAGCUACGACUAUCGGCAAGGCCCUUAUUGCACCCAAGUUUCGGUUCGGGCCUGAUGUUCUCGGGCGUUGGUCCUCCUGGUACACCAGGAGUGCCACCCUUUAUCGCAGCGGCCAUGGCUAGGCACACCCAUGCUGCUGCCGCGGCAGCCAUGUUCAUGGGGCCCCCUGGACACAGGCCUUAAUAAGGCGGACUCGUUCGACCUUCGUCGUCUCUCUUGCUUGGCCAACGACGAGUCAGCUAACAGUUUUAGUUGCUUCAACGAACUCUCCUUGAGAAGAGGAUAUUUGUUGCGUAUCUUCAAGAUAGGUCUCUACUUUUUUUUCUUUUUUUUUUGUUUUUCAAUCCAACUCACCGUUUCCAAUUGCCCUCUAUUUCUUCUUUUUCAUCCAUGCUCCAAUUUAUUUUUUUCGCAUUGUUUUUCCUUUUUCAUUUUUAAUCGUAUUUUAUAAUUUCUCGAUAGACAUCGAACAAUAAUUUGUCAUUUAACAUUAAAAUUUCGUGAAAAAUAUUUUCAAUUGCAUUUUCAAGAAGAUCGAGUAACAUCAUCGUUCUAAAAACCUGUUGGACUCCAAUCUGAGAGCAAAGUUCCUACCAAAUCUGAAAAUAGAAGAACCAAACGCGUGAAAUCCAAUUACGCGUUACGAAAUAAAUUUGCACCGUGUAGGGCAUGCGAUUGGCCAAUACCAAGGAACAGAUAUAAUCUUUUGAUCCUUACUACUAUUACUAUCUUUUCUUUACAUAUGUAUAUAUAUUUAAUCGAAGAAAAGUAUCAUCGCCUUUUGUGCC